CCUGGAGCACACCAUCCUGGGAGAAAAAAAGUAGAUUGCUGUUCCUGGGAUGGUAUCAGGUGUGAUAACAAGUCGGUGGUAGUGAUCGGGCUAGACCUUGGUGUGAAUUCCCUUGAGGGAGAGAUUAAUUCGAGUAGCAGCCUUUUCAGGCUAAAGAAUCUCCGCACCCUCAAUCUUGCUUACAAUGAUUUCAACUCCUCUAUCAUCUCCACUCAGUACACUACAUUCAAGGAGUUGAGAGUGUUCAACCUUUCUCAAUCUUCUUUCUCGGGUCAAGUUCCAACCGAGCUGGUUCAACUAACCAAGUUGGUGUCUCUUGAUCUUUCUUCUAAUACUCUAUCUGCUGACAAAUCAUUUCUUAACAAACUUGUCCGGAACUUGACAAACCUCAGAGAACUAAACCUACGUUCCGUUGACAUUUCCUCAGAAAUUCCUAAAAAUAUCUCAAACCUGUCCUAUCUAAGAUCACUCAACCUGGAUGAUUGCAACUUGAUUGGUGGAUUUCCAACUAGUGUUCUUUCCAUUCCUACCAUACAAUCCAUUUCCUUGAGUGGCAAUCAAAAACUGGAAGGCCCUCUCCCAGAAUUUAAUGGAAACAACUCUCUUGCAUAUUUGGACCUUUCUCUUACAUCCUUUUCGGGUAAUAUACCAAAUUCUAUCAGUAACCUCAAGCAUCUGAAUGUUUUGAGACUCCACGACUCCAAUUUCAGUGGCUUGAUUCCUUCUUCGCUUGGAAACCUUUCUCGUUUAACCAAUAUCCACCUCUCUGGUAACACUUUUGGUGGUGAAAUCCCAUUCUUUUGGACGUUUGAACCAGUUGACCAGCUUAGAUGUUAAUUCCAAUAAGCUUAGCGGUAACUUUCCCAUCGCACUACUCAAUCUUACAAAGCUGUCAUAUCUGUCACUCUCUUAAGGGAUUCUUCCUCCAAAUAUCAGUUCACUCUCCAGCUUGGAAAAUUUCGAAGCACGCCAAAACUCAUUCUUUGGAACUAUCCCUUCUACUUUCUUCUUCACCAUACCCUCUCUGGGAACUAUUGAUUUAGAUGAUAACCAACUCAGCGGAGCUCUGGGGUUUGUGAAUAUGUCUUCACCACCUUUCUCAAACAGAAUCAGAAUCAGUUUGUCGGGGUUAUACCUUUCAAACAACAGAAUCAGAUGUCAAGUGCCAGGAUGGUUAUGGAGUCUACCAAAUUUGGAUAACUUGGAUCUUUCCGACAACAGUUUCAGCCGCAAAGGAUUUCUCCAGAGAAAAAAUUGAUGUGCUAGAUCUGAGGUCAAAUGAUUUCCAAGGACCAUUCUUUAUCCCACCAAGGCCAAUCGCAAUAUUCAUUGCAUCAAGAAACAGUUUCUCCGGAGAGAUCCCCAUAUCAAUAUGUGAUAUGACGACCUCUCUAGAUAUCCUAGAUAUCGCCAACAACAACUUGAACGGAUCAGCUCCGGAGUGUUUUUGGAAUCUCACUGCCAAGUCUCUCUCAGUUUUAGACAUUGGUGAUAAUCACUUCACUGGAAGCCUACCAGAUAUAUUCAAGAAUGCCACCAAUCUGAGGUCACUCAAUCUCGGUUACAACCAUUUCGUGGGGAAACUUCCAAGAUCUUUGACAAGCUGCUCUUCUCUAGAGGUCCUAAACGUGGAACACAAUCGAUUCGACGACACUUUCCCAUUCUGGUUGCAGUCCCUAAACAAGCUACAAGUUCUGAUCCUCAGGUCAAACGAGUUUCAUGGGUUAUUACAAUAUCAACCCCAAGGACCUUCCUGGUUUCCGCAGCUCCGAAUCAUUGACUUAUCACACAAUGAAUUCACAGGGACCUUACUAGAUGAUUUCUUCAUCUACUUGAGCGCAAUGUCAUCAAAGGGAGAUAGUCCAAAAUUUAAGUACAUUGGGGGCAAUUCAUAUUACCGCGACUCAAUGGUUUUGAUGAACAAGGGAGUGGAGCUGGAGUACACUAGGAUCUUCACACUCUUAACAGCCAUUGAUUUCUCAGGAAACAAACUCCAAGGAGAGAUCCCUGAAUCCAUCGGUCUUCUAAAAGAUCUAAUUGUGCUCAAUCUCUCGAGCAACGGUUUUAACGGCAACAUCCCUUCGUCUCUGGGGAAUCUGACUCAGCUCGAGUCACUGGACUUGUCGCACAACGAGCUUUCGGGUCAAAUCCCACCUGCGCUCAGGGACCUCACGAAACUGUCGUUCAUCAAGGUUUCUCACAACGAGCUAGUAGGCCCGAUACCGCGAAGCACACAGUUCCAGACGCAAUCUGCUUCGUCUUUCCAAGGGAAUCGCGGACUGUGUCUGUGUGGUCCUCCUCUCAACGAAAACUGCGGAGACAAGGAGGAGCCAU